AUGGCUACCAACAGAAGAAUCGUCUCGCAGGAGAAAACCCAUCUGGAUCAAGAUGAGGUCCAGCAGCAGCCUUCCAUAACCACACCUGCUGUGCCCCAGUAUGCCGAAGCCGUCUAUUAUCCUAUCGAGUCCACUGCUGAUCCACCUCAANGACAUGUCAUUGUCAAGCUGCUGCUCUUCUCGUUUGCUAUGAUUAUCCUUCCCAUCUCAUCCUACUUCUUGACGCUCAACACUCUCUACUCUGGUAAUUAUGCUUCUUUCAACGCAAUCCUCACGCUCCCUAAUGACUCGUCAGGCAACUCUACUUUUGCUGGUGCAACUGCUGCAAUCAUCGCGAACGUCGUCCUGAUUGGCUACGUUAUCGUCGCUAUGAGAGAGGAUGCAGGUGAACGAGCAGAGGCUGAAGAGAAAGACAAAAAGUCUCGCUAG